AACUUAAGUGACCCGGUGAAAGUGGAAUAGUAUAUCAGAAGCUCGAGAUCAGAAGAACUGCAAGAUUGUUCCAUCAUGAUUAUAUUAUUUUCAAGAACAUUUGGCCCAUCCUACUACCACUACCAAGCACCAAACAGUUUCUUGAGUGCGUCUUCUGUAAUAUUACACAAGAGACAUGAGACUGAAUGAUUGGUAUCUUUACUCCGAGAAACCUACGAUGGGCAGAGAAUUUGUGAUACAAGUGUUUUUCUGUGUAAUCGUCUGCUCAUCACUGAUGAUGGUGUUCGUAUUUAAUGCUAAUGAAUCCGUGAAAGUCAGGAAAAAGUCGCAAAAUGGCAUUGGCGAUGACGCUCUGGGUUCCUCGACUAAAUUGCUCUCAGAAGAUGGACGUAACGACUUGUAUGCUGGAAAGAUCAAGAGAUCUAGAGCCAUGAAAGGGUACACCAACCCUUCAAGGAAUUCUUCAGAUGGCGCGGACUUUGUUGUCAACCAUGCCAAUGGUUCAACUUCGUAUACUGAAAACCGGGUGCUCUAUAAGUUGUAUAAAGCAAGCCAGAACCCUUCUUACGAUUGCGUCAUCAGGAUUCUCAAGCACCACAGACCACUCGAUGAGGAGGUUUACAUGAACAACGAGGAAUGGGUCAGGUCUAGCUGUGAGGGCACACCUUGUAGUAUAGAAGUGAGAUACAGUCUGGAUUUGAGAGACUUCUGGGAUUCCGAUGUAGUCGUAUUGAUGGAGGGGGCGUUCGGUAGCUACGAGUGGAAGUAUCUCCUUAGGGCGAGGCCUCCAGGACAAAUGUGGAUGCUGUAUGCCAAAGAGUGUCCUGUACAUGAGCCACAGUUAAGUCCACCGUCGGAUUUAUUUUCAAGUAACCCUUACAACCUUAGCAUGACGUACCGAUCAGGGUCAGACAUAUACAACCCGUAUGGAUACUUCGUACGAGAUCGACCUUGUGGUGUAAAGAAUUUAAAGAAGUCAGAGUUGAUGAUGUGGAUGGCAUCUCGAUGUAACCCGCUGGGAUGGGAAAGAGCAAAGUUUGUCCAAUCCUUGAAGAAACAUCUGACUGUCAACACCUAUGGUCGUUGUGGCACGUUGGAGUGUCCGAAGAAUGACCGGGACAGCUGCCUGUCGAAGAUGAGAAAAUACAAGUUUUACCUUUCCCUUGAGAAUAGUGAAUGUGCUGAGUACAUCACCGAAAAGAUGUGGAGGAAUGCCUUUGACAAUGGCAUGAUCCCCGUCGUUUUCGGGGCGAGAAAAGAAGAUUAUGUAAGGUUCGCGCCACCCAAUUCUUUCAUUUAUCUCAACGACUUCAGUACGAUGGAAGAAUUCGUGGAGUACAUCAAUUUAUUGGAUCGGAAUGAAACGCUCUACAACAAAUAUUUCGAGUGGAGGAAGUUGGGAAGGGUUUAUUAUGGCGCAGGGAGAAAAUCAACAAUGCAACCUUCAGGACUCUGUAAGUUGACAAAGAAGCUGGUGGAGAUCGGAAAGGACCCACAGAAUUCAUGGAGAGCUCAAAAUCCCAAUUUUAGAAAAUGGUGGACUGGAUCGUGUGUGCAUCAGAAAGAACUCUUAGGUGUGAGAAUAUAGUGUGAGAUACAGUGCAAGAAAUCAAGAUCAAGAGUCUCCAGAAUGGAAGUGAAAACCAAUUAGAAAGCAUCUUCAGUAAGACGACUUUAUCAUGUUUAGGAAACCGUGUUCAAUAGCCCUGCUUUUGCUGGAUAAAAUACAUAUUUCGUCGGAAAUUUUUCAGAUGUUUUGACCUUGGACCUGCCUAGGGUCUGCUUCAUAAAACUGGCUAUGAUUUUACAGUAGACAUAGGGUUAAGACAAAUUUACAUUAGUUCAAAGCUACUGAAAUUCUUCAAUCUGAUUGGCUGAUGGUAAAUUCGUUAUAAAAAUUACUGCCCCAUGUAUGCCUUGUGGAUUCCAACUUGAAAGUUAAUUUUCAUAUGCUUUUGAUGAGAAGUAAAUUGACGUCAAAUAAUUUGCUACUGGCUGAACAUUCAGGGAUCCCCAUUGAUUUCAAUGGAAAUCAUUGUAGCAUACCUGCAUAUUCUGCCAGUCAUGCUAGCAGUAUCGUAGAAACGAAUAACAGGAUCAGACAGUGCCUUGCUUCUGCCUUAUUCGACCAAUUUUCUGACUGCAUGACAACUUUCAAAUAUAGGGAAACGAGGAGAAUAUACCUUUAAAAUCAAAUUUUAACGUAAAUUGUUGCAAUUGCUUGUAAAGCGAUUCCUCUCUAUAUUCAUAUUUAUUGUUAUUUUAUUUAUUUAUUCCACUUUUGAAACAAAUAACAUAAUAUACAUAAUAAAUGUAUUCAUAAACAUAGUGCAUCGAGAUCAAAUUAACUAUCUAACAUAAUUUUAUGAAACGAUAACUUGGGCUAUAAGGUCUGCCUGAAAUCAAAUAUAUUAAUAAAUAUGUUGGCACGUUCCUUUUCUCUUUAUUUAAAUAGAAUAAUUUUAUAGAUAAUUCUAUAGAAUUAUUGUAUAGAAAAAUCGGUUCAAAAGGCAUUUAUUGAGAACAUUAAUGGCUGUAUUGAGCACAAUGAAGUGUUACAUGUGAUUAUUCAACAUGCAAAAGAAAAGAAACGUACUGUCCAUGUGACUUUCUUUGAUCUGGCUGACGCAUUUGGAAGCGUUAGUCAUGACCUCAUUUCGUAUUCACUGAACCGUUACCAUGCAGUGGCGUAACAGGCGGGGGGGCAGGGGGGGCAAGCUGCCCCCCCUGGCGGAGCUCACCGGGAAAAUAAAAAAAAAACGGGAAAAAGAAAAAAAAGGGAGGAAGAAAGGGAAAGGAAAGAAAAGAAAAAAGGGGAAAGGGAAAGGGAAAGGA